CUCCGCGUCGAGGCGAGGGCGACCCGCGCGGGUGCUGGUGCCAGAAGAAAAGAAUGAUUGACGGGAAACAGACAUCAGCCUGUAGACUCUCACCCCUUUGCUUCAGAUACCGAUUUAUCAGUGCAUCUGGGCAUCCCCUGUGAGCCGUGAACACGGAGGAUCACUCAGGGUUAUCGACAGUGUAGCUGAAGACCCACAACUUCACAAAUUAUUAUCUACUGUUGGACAUCUUUUGCAAGAAGCCCUGACAAAUAAGUUAUAAGACAAAGGACACGCUCUACAUUGUUGUGAAAGGCCGUCACUGGGGUCUGUGUGGCUUCUACCAAAGUCUUCAACUUAGUAAAACAAACGCUGUAUCCUAAUGCCUCACAUUUGAAUUGGAACCUAUUUUAUAAAAUAUAUACAUGCAUAUGUACAUAUAUCUAUAAUCUAUAGACUGAACGUACGUCAAUACUGAGCAUCUUUACGAAGGUGACCUAAAAGGAUUUAGAGAUGUAUUUGUCAAGAUUUCUGUCACUUCACGCCCUCUGGGUCACUGUAUCUUCUGUGAUGCAGCAUUAUCCUUCCGUGUGGGGACAUUAUGACGUGUGUAAGACCCAAAUUUACACAGAAGAAGGAAAAGUAUGGGAUUACAUGGCCUGCCAGCCAGAAGCCAGAGACAUGAUCAAAUACGUAAGAGUGACUCUGGAUCCCCCAGAUAUAACAUGUGGAGAUCCUCCUGAGACUUUCUGUGCAAUGGGGAACCCCUACAUGUGCAAUAAUGAAUGUGAUGCAAGUACCCAAGAACUGGCUCAUCCUCCAGAAUUGAUGUUUGAUCUUGAAGGAAGACAUCCAUCCACAUUUUGGCAGUCCACAACUUGGAAGGAUUAUCCAAAGCCUCUUCAUGUUAAUAUUACACUCUCCUGGAACAAAACCAUUGAGCUGACAGAUAACAUAGUUAUCACUUUUGAAUCUGGCCGUCCAGACCAAAUGAUCCUGGAGAAAUCCCUCGACUAUGGACGAACAUGGCAGCCCUACCAGUAUUAUGCCACAGACUGUUUAGAUGCUUUCCACAUGGAUCCAAAAUCAGUGAGGGAUUUAUCACAGCAUACAGUCCUAGAAAUCAUUUGCACGGAAGAAUACUCUACUGGAUAUAUGACAAACAGUAAAAUAAUCCACUUUGAAAUCAAAGAUAGAUUUGCUUUUUUUGCUGGACCUCGGCUUCAUAAUAUGGCUUCUCUUUAUGGCCAGCUUGACACAACCAAGAAAUUAAGAGAUUUCUUUACCAUCACAGAUCUGAGGAUAAGAUUGCUUAGACCAGCAACUGGAGAAAUAUAUGUAGAUGAGCAACACCUGGCACGGUACUUUUAUGCCAUCUCAGACAUAAGGGUAUAUGGAAGGUGUAAGUGCAACCUUCACGCUACUGGCUGUAAAGAAGAAAACAAAAGACUACUAUGUGAAUGUGAGCAUAACACAACUGGCCCAGACUGUGGAAAAUGCAAGAAGAAUUACCAGGGCCGACCAUGGAGCCCUGGUUCUUAUCUGCCUAUACCUAAGGGCACUGCUAAUAUCUGCAUACCCAGUAUUUCCAGUAUUGGUAAUCCUCCAAAGUUUGAUAGGAUAUGGCCGAAUAUUUCUUCUCUUGAGGUUUCUAAACCAAAUCAAGUUGCUCCCAAAUUAUCUAUGACAACUGUUUCUUCUGUUCAAGUUGCAAACCACAAGAGAGACUGUGAAUGCUUCGGGCACUCCAACCGGUGCAGUUACAUCGAGCUGCUCAAUACGGUCAUUUGCGUGAGCUGUAAGCACAACACUAGAGGUCAGCACUGUGAGUUAUGCAGGCUGGGCUACUUCAGAAAUGCUUCUGCAGAGCUGGACGAUGAAAAUGUGUGCAUAGACUGUUAUUGUAACCCUUUUGGUUCAGUCCAUGAUCGCUGUAAUGACAGAGGAUUUUGUGAGUGUAAGGAGGGAGCAUCAGGGCCUAAAUGUGAUAAAUGUCUGCCGGGAUAUAUCUGGCACAGCUUGGGCUGUCAACCAAAUGUGUGCGACAAUGAGCUCCUGCACUGCCAGAAUGGAGGGACAUGCAUCAACAACGUGCGGUGCCAGUGCCCUCCAGCCUACACUGGCAUCUUAUGUGAGAAGCUUAAGUGUGAACGAGAUCCAGGAGGCUGCAGCCAAAGCUCCACCCAGGGGGCGAUAUCCCACAGUCCCUUAUUACUGCUGAUGGCCCUACUAGGAGCAGCCAGACUUCACAUGUGCUAGGCUUUGUUUGGUCGAUGGCAUUGUAUUUGGACUGCUUCAAAAGAACAUGCCACAUGAAAACAAAACAAAAUCCAAGUGUUUGCUACUGAAAUCUCAAAAAGGAAAAAGAAUGAAAAAAAUAACACAUACAAACUUGGAAGGCCUAACUGAACUAAGCCAUAUUAAUCAGUUAUGGACGGCACUCUGAGUCAAGACUGCUCACCACAACCGGAGAUGGGCUGGCAGCUCCUGCUCUGCCCAAUCAGUGCUGGCUGCCAGGCUCACAGAGGACAAACAGCUUGGACAGCCCCAAAACGGGAAGGGAAACGAAAAACAUUUGCUACUCCUCUCUGGUGCGCUGCUGUACCUCCGCCCAGUGUGUGGACCAACCAAAUAAAGGCAUUCUUUGCUGUCAGUGCAUUGUGGGUAUAAGGAAAUCUGUAAAAGCUGCCAUAUUGGCCUGCUUCAGUCCCCGAAUCCUCUCCAACCUGUGCUUUAGUGAACGUUGCUCUGUAACCCUUGUUGGUUGAAAGAUUUCUUUGUCUGAUGUUAGUGAUGCACAUGUGUAACAGCCCCCUCAAUAAAACUCAAGCCAGUCAUAUCCUUGUAUACCUUAGCAGCACCGCAUCAGUACGAUGCCGUGUUCACCUACUGUACAAGAGUGGCUAUAGGACAAAAAGUGUAUUUAUCCUUUUGUAUUCAAAUGAAGUUAUUUUUCUUGAAAUAAUGUACAAUGUAGAUUUUUUGUAUUAUUGCCUAUUUGUGUUACCAGACAAUUUGUUAAUGUAUUUAAUUCUAAUCAGAUAAGAGAAAAAUUACUUUUUAUUUAGUCCUUUGCUUUUACCUUUCAUUUAAUUGUGCAGAGAUUUCUCUGUAUGGGCAACGUGCUGGCAUCAAAGAAUAUCAGUUUACAUAUAUAACGAGUGUAAUAAGAUUCCACCAAAGGACAUUCUAUAUGUUUUCUUGUUGCUUUAACACUGAAAGAUUUCCAAGAAUAAAAAU